UCUCGGUGGUAUAAUUGUAAUAUCAUGACAAAACGCGGGAAUUGAGUGUUCUUGACACUCACGUACCGCCCCUGUCACCAACCCUAGUUAAGGAGGUCAUUAACGUAAAAUCAUUAGUCAAAGACGGAUUCGGCCUGAAACGUGUCGUUUUUCUAUUGGCUUUUAUAUGGAAACUUUUUCACUUGGCCUCAUCGGAUGAGCAUUAGCGAAUGGAUAAUGCCACGUCAUGACAUUGAGCGAAGAAAAAAGAUGUCAGAGUGGGGAUGACCUCACCGGAAUAUGCCCUAAAGGCCCCCAACCGACCGGUUAUUUUUCCACAACAGAGACCAAAAACCGGACCUUUUCCCGAAAACUAUAAAUACUUGUCACACUCACUUUCCUUCGCGUUUCGCCCUAAAAUUUCCAAUUCACCCCUCCACUUCCAUUUCAGCCGCAACCAUGUUUGUCUCUCCCAAACACUCCCUUUCCUUCUACUUUCCUCCCAGUUCCUGCAUUCUCCUGCACUUUCUCUUCUUCCUACGCCGUCGUUUUUUCCCCUUUUGACCAAUUGUGCUUCUGUCUUUCUCUCACUUGAAACGUCGUCGUUUCUGCUCGUUUUUGAUCGAGUGCGAAGUUCUUUCUUUUUUCGUUGGUUCGGGUGGUGGGGUGUUUGGAUGGAUGCGGUGGAGUUGAAUUACCUGGCGGAUGUUUCGAAGCUUAUGGGAUCUGAAGGUUUUGGAAGAGGGGCUAGGGUUAGUGAAGAUUGUAAGCCGCUUCCUAAAGAUGAGACUGGCAUUUUUAAUGCUUUAGAUUCUACUUCAUGGAGUAAGAUUCCUGAUGUUGAACUUUGUAGGCAUGCUAGUCAGCUGCCCAGAUCUCAGAUGGAAGAAUUGUCUGAACAGCAUGAUCAGAGGGGCACCACUUGCCCCUUACCAAAUCCUGGUCCUGAUGUUGUUAACGCACAAAGAAAAGUCGGAAAAAUGCCGAGGAGUGGUAGUGGAUGUUCUAAGAGAGCACGUGUUGGUCAACUAGAAGACAUUAUGACUUCAGUUGGAAUUGAUGACGUAAAGGAUAUAAAUGAUAACUUCCCAGAUAAAACUCAAAUGUCAAGACAAAAGAACAGCGUUAAUGGCAAGCGAGGUGACAGGAGAAAUUUCAAAGUUCCUAUGAAGCCAAAAUUUGAUUCUUUCUCCAUGAAGGUGGGUUUGGUGAGCUUUACUAUGGCCUCUGGAGGGAACAACUUCCUUGGAUAUGGUCUGAAGUCGGAUAUUAAUGAUGUCACCAAGCUUGUGGAGGAUUUAUCCUUAAAUGGACUCCUUGAUGGAACUUAUGAGUACCCCAUUUUAGGCAAGGAGAAGGGCAGGAAAGCAGCUAACACAACUGAAAACUUUCUACAUUCAGUUAAAAAAGCUUGCUCCAUUCUUCCGCUUCGAAGGGUUCAGUCCCAAAAUUUUACAGAUAUAGACGAUUCUUCCAACAAGAAAAUGCCCAUGUACCCAUUGAGCUCUGUUUCUGGUGUGGCAGGUUGUAUUAAUUGUGAUAAAGAAGACACCUGUUCUAAAGACCCAUCACCAUGCAAUAAGGUGCAUUUUGAGCAAAAAUCUAAUAUGCUCGAUCCUAGAAAGACCCAGGAUUCAUGUGGCAACCCUGAAAUGCCUGCUAGUCCUCCAGAUUUUCCAUUGUGUCAGCCCAAAGAUAUUCUGGAGCGCUUGGCAUUGCCUCCACCAAAGGAUUUGGACUCUUUACUCCUUGCUGCAACCAAGCCUUCUUCAUCCACAAGGAACAAUUCUGAUACUCGUUCAGGCAAGCAAAUAUCCUGCCGAGCUAUUUUGCCACCAUUUCCCUGGUCACAUACUUUUAAUGGGUGUAGAACGAAUCCUGAUGUGGCUAAGCUUUUAUCGAAUAAGAGCACGUGCCAAGGCCGAUGGGUAAAAAUACCAAACACUUCCCGUUCGCCUGGGAUUGCAACUGGUUGUUUUACCAACUUGGAGUCACUUGCUUAUGAUCCGAGCCUAAUUCCUUCAGGUUCAAAGCUUGGUAAUUUGGAAGGUGGAAUAGCAUCGUCCACUGGUAAUCUCUGUUUCUGUGAGCAGGGUGCAUCAUCUCUUGCAACUUAUACCAAGGCUUUCAAUGUUCCUCAUGAAUCUGGACUUGGGCUGGCUGAUCAAUGGAAUGUUGGGCACUGUCCAAGACUAUUGGCUGCUGCCCAAACAUUGUACGACAUUGCAACAAAAUCCUUGAGGCAAAACCCAGAUGGGAUUACAAGGUGGCCAAAGAAGCCUUCACAAAAGGCCAUGAAAGCUCGAAAGAUAAAGUCAAUUGAGAAACCUGAGGAAAUAUAUGCGACACCUUCUUCAGUAUUGGGAUCUGACAAACUGGUGAGAAGUGAUAUGGACCAGAUAGUUCCCUCAAAAAGGCCCAAGCUCUCUGUAGUUGAGAAAAAGAAGGAUCUCAGUCGUAUCAAUGGUGUUUCAAAAGGACCGAUAGCUCGGUCUACUCCUAGAUCAAGUAGAUCAUCACCUGGCAAAUCAUUAAGAGAUUCAAUUGUGGAGAUAAGAUAUUCUACUGCCAAUGUAGUAAAGGCAGGGUGUACAAUGCGUCCGCCAGCAACUGUCUUGGAUAAGCCUUGCAACAGUAAACAUAAGUUGCGUAAACUAAUGCCAGUAAACUGGAAGAGGGGGUGAGAUAGGCUUGACUAAUUAAGUAUUCUUUUUAGAUGUAGAAGUUGCAUUCAACAAUUAUUGCAAUUUAUCAUCCUCUGUGACGUAACCGGUGUUCCCGGAUUAUUUGUAUAUAUUGUGUUGUAGGUGGAAUGGAAUAGUUGAGGCCUUGUGCUAUGGGUGAGGGAAAUGUUUCAAUAGAAACAAAGGAUUUUAGUGUUGUAACACCAAGGAUAGUUGUAGAAUAGUGCAGGGAAUUCUUUGCCUUGUGUAGAGCAAUUGAUGAGGCAAUAGAAAAUUGAAUUUCUCUCA